AUGCCAAUACGAGGAUCCUGCCCGUGUGCGCGCUGGGAUAAAGUCCACUCGCACCAGCCAGCUCACAAGAGUCUACCAGCUCUCUUGGAAUCUCGACUGCUGCUGGGUCACGCUGAACGCCGGAGCGAUAUCUCGCCUCGAGGGUACGCGUCGUAUCUGAACAAUAAACCACGGACUGGAAUCUGGUAUAACAGUGAGGGCAAUGACCCUCGGUCUGUAGCCUUCCACUCCGAUAAUCCCAGUCUAGAAUCAACAAAGUUUCGCCAUCGGACCUGGCUGUCUGGAAAUCUGAGAGACGACGACUGUUCCCUGGUUAUAGACAACGUCAUGCAGGGAGAUGCAGGUCCUUACUUUUUCAGAGUUGAAUUCACUGGGAGUGAUCGUUUCAACUACCUCCCUGUAACACAGCUCCAUGUUAAAGCGCUCACACAUCACGAGCAAAACCUUACCUGCAGAGUCACAUACCCAACUGUCUCAUCGGAGCAGAACCUCAUACUGACUGUGCAAUAUGCGCCGCGGAAUCUCUCAAUCACUUCCCCCAACAACGUGAACAAUUCCGUGGCAAAGGAAGGAAAUUCUGCAGCGUUCCUCUGCUCCAUCCACAGUAACCCAGCGUCUAACCUGACGUGGAGACAUCUCAAUGACACGCUGAACACAACACGUUCCAGCAACGAGCUGUGGAUGAAAAUCCUUGGGGUGACUCGGAAGGACGCAGGGGACUAUCAGUGUGUGGCGGAGAAUGAACACGGGACAGCGGAGGAGUCCGUGACCCUCAUCGUAGAAUGUGAGUAGGCAUACGGUCAUGUCUCUCUGAAAAUAAAUGAGAAGUGAAUGGAACAUAUUGUGUAUUGCCGGCUCAUUGUUUUAUAUCUGCCCCUCUCCCACAUUCUCUC